GGAAAUAAAAAACCAAGUGGAUUCUCGAUCUCGGCAAAGUCACAAUGUUGUAAAUGACACAAGUACAGAGAGGCGGGUCAUAUUAAUCAACAUUGAAAAGCUCAGACCUCUCGCAAAUCUUUAGAUAAGGACUAGACAAUACUUAACACAGAUUCUUCUAAAAGAAAUAUAAAAACUAAAUAACAAUAUGUUACGAAGCACUGCACCUGGAUUUAAAAGAAACAUCUGGCUGGGUCGACGGCAAUUCGGUGGCUGUAGCAAAUCUGGAAACUUGCUGCCCCUUUACAAGUGCGUAGCGUCCAAAAAACCGCUCCAACAGGAUGACUUGUACAAGGAACGCAUGACCAACAUAGUUGAAGGAGGCCUUCGUUACGCCUACGCGAAAGAACACGAACCCCAAAACGCGGAGGCGUACAAGUAUAAAAAGGUGGAGCCGUCGCAAGUUCGGGACGUUAAAGUCGUCGGAGCAGGCAUGGCGGGGCUGGCGAUUGCAUAUGAACUCGCGCAAAUCGGACAUAAUGUAACGAUUCUCGAAAUGCAAGGGCGCGCGGGAGGCCGGGUGAAAACCUUUUAUGAGUUCACGGAUGGACUACAUUGUGAAGGUGGAGCCAUGCGAAUUCCGCCAAACCACUACCUGACUCAUCACUACUUCCGCGCAUUCGACGUAAAGCUGCGGCCUUUUCAGAACUACCAACCAAAUGGUUACAUGUACCUCUAUGGGAACAAGAUUCGGAUGCAAGAAUUUCACAACCGCAAUAACGACUUCAGCAACGAGCAUUGGCCUGGUUGGGACGUCAACCUCAGCAAAGACGUGAAACAGAAGCUCGAAAUCAAAGGAAUAUUGGGGUAUUUCGACGCUACAAUUCAGCCAGUCAUAGACGAACUUGGCGAAAGUCCAACGCAGGAGGUUUGGGCAAAAUGGGUCGACAAAUGGAGCAAGUAUUCUACCGAAGACUUUCUUCGAAGUCAAACGUUCAUCCGACCUGAUGGUUUAAACCUUCAGCCAUGGCCUGAGCAAGCCAUUAAUGGAUACAAGGUGUCGUCUUACUCUCCGACGUUAAGUGGAUCAUUCGUGGCUGAUUUGAGAGAUAUUAUUGGUCAAUGGUGGGCUACCGACUUGCAGACUCCCAAGGACGGAAUGACUGCAUUGACACGAGGAUUUUUGGCGAGAAAUGUUGGGGGAUGGAAUAAAGAUGUUCAGCUGAGCAAAAAUCUUCAAUACGGAAUCAAAGUGGAGACCAUUGACCGGAAACAUAUUAACGAUAAAUUAAGACUGCAAGGAAUAUGCAAGGCAUCGGGACAAAACGACAAAACUUACGAAGCCGAUGCCGUUUUUGUAACGGUCCCUUUGAAUAUCCUUCGGCAGAUGGAUGUCCCAUUGCUAAGCCGCGAAAAGCAGCAAGCAAUAGCCGGGAUAACUUACGCGGCAUCCACAAAAAUCAUGAUUCAAUGCAAGCGACGAUUCUGGCAGGAUGAUGUCGGUCAAGGUGGAUUCAGCAAGUCUUCUGAUAUGAUUGGCCAGCUUCAUUAUCCGGAUUACGACGGCUCGAAUAUUUUGAAAGAUGAAAGAGGGGUACUGCUGGUGUACACCUGGGAUAAAGACGCACUUGCAUUCGGCUCUCAAAGCCAUGAAGAUGCAAUACAAUCGGCGGUGAAUGAGAUCAGCAAAAUUCAUCCCGAAAUGAAGAGAGAAGUCGAACUGGGCAACGUUCAAGCUUGGUACAGCGAUCCGGCGACUUUAGGGGCCUACGCGUCAUUAAAGCCGCACGAGUAUCUGGAACAUCUGCAACGUCUGUGGAAGUCCGAUCACCCGCUGUACCUUGCUGGAGAAGCAUUGUCCUGGAGCAAUGGCUGGAUACAAGGGGCAAUCUUCUCCGGCCUCUCGCAGGCAUUCUGUUUCCAGUCGCACAUUGAGGGACGGCCUGGUAGGUUGCCCUGGUGAAACGCCAAACAGCCUGAUAAAGGCCGAUUCUUUCCAUGACAUUAUGUUUAUAUGAAGUUGAUGUAGUCAUAUACAUUGCGUUUUAAUCACUUUGCACUAAAUUUACGUAUUGGAACAGUAAAUUAAGGAAAACAAGCAUCUCAUAAGGGUAUAAUGUUCAAAAGUCGUUUAAGAUUAUAUCAAUUACGUUAAAUUGUCAGAUUUCUUGGCUUCAGUAUUUUGAAUUAUUAUCAUUUUCUGUAGAAAUGUAUAUUAUUAUGAAGUUUUAUUUAAUAUAAAAGAAAGAUGUGUUCUGAAGAAACUUUCUUUACAAUGUGCAUGUUGUAUGUUUUUGUAUUGAUUCAUUUCCGAUGGUAUUUCAUAAGGGGCUUUUUUAUGAUUUUUGAAAUAUGGUCAAUGAUCAUAUACAUUUGUAUCGCUUUGUAAGUCUUGUUUUGUUAAAAAUAAAUUAUUUCACGGA